AGUGCCGGGCCGAGAAGCAUGAAACAACAAAGCUCACACCGCGAGAGAGAGAGAGAGAGAGAGGAGCGAUGAGGGGUCACGCUUCAGCUGCUAGGGAAUGUAGGCGGAGGAGGGGAAGCUGCUUCGUCCUCGUCAAUGGCGUGUAGGGAGCUCUGAGGGUAGGGGCAUGGAAGUGGAGUUGGCCAUGCUGAGGCAACUCAUCGGUCAGCUUCAGGAGCUCUCUGACCUCUACGGCUCUCACUACCACCUCCUCCCACGCGACCAUUGCCCCCUCGACAACAACAGGUGGUGCUUUCUUGAUGUUGAUGAUGGCUCCUUAGAAUACUGUAGUCCUGUGAUGGCAGCUGGAAAGUCCAGAUCGAGUUUGAAGAAUUUGGAUCCCUGCACGCCACCGCCUACCAAGAAAUCUAGGAAGGAGCGUAACCACGGCAAAUUGGCGGCAAAUAGUGCCGCUUCAGGUGAGGUCUUGGAGCGAGAAAUUUGGAAGGAAUUUCCUGAAGACCUUUAUGAAGCUGUCAUUGCAAGACUUCCUAUUCCUGCAUUUUUCCGCUUCCGUGCUGUCUGUCGGAAAUGGAAUUCCUUGCUUGAGUCCCAGAGCUUCUCUCAGCACUGUGCUGAGGUUCGAAGAGGCUCCCCAUGGUUCUACACCAUCACCCAUGAGAACGUGAAUUCUGGGGCCAUAUACGACUCUGCCUCAAAGAAGUGGCACCACCACCCAAGCAUCUCUUCCCUGCCAUCAAAGAUGAUUGUACUGCCUGUGACUUCAGCUGGGGGGCUCGUGUGCUUCAUUGACAUUGGCCACAAGAAUUUCUACGUUUGCAAUCCUCUUAUGCGGUCCACCAGAGAGCUUCCUCCCCGGUCAGUCCGUAUCUGGUCUCGUAUUGCCGUGGGAAUGACUCUGAACACCAGGAGCGGUACCUACAAAAUUGUGUGGUUGGGUUGUGAUGGAGAGUGUGAGGUCUACGACUCACUGAGGAACUCAUGGGCCCGAACUGGGAGCAUGCCCUCUAGCAUUAAACUUCCGCUGUCGCUCAACUUCAGGUCGCAGACCGUCUCUAUUGGUGAUACACUAUACUUCAUGCGCUCAGAUCCCGACGGAAUCGUGUCUUACAACACGGCCACUGGGUCAUGGAAGCAGUUCAUAAUUCCGCUUCCAACCCAUCUAACCGACCACACCCUUGCUGAGUGUGAGGGUAGGAUCAUCCUCGCAGGCCUGCUCACAAAGAAUGCGGCCACGUGCGUGUGCAUAUGGGAGCUGCAGAGGAUGACGCUCUUGUGGAAGGAGGUUGACAGAAUGCCAAACUUGUUGUGCUUAGAGUUCUAUGGGAAGCACGUCCGGAUGACCUGCCUUGGGAACAGGGGAUUGCUCAUGCUGUCCCUCAGGUCGAGGCAGAUGAACCGUCUCGUCACGUACGAUGUGGCGACUGGGGAGUGGGUGAAGCUGCCCGGGUGCACGGUGCCACGUGGCAGUGGGAGGAAGAGGCAGUGGAUUGCCUGUGGAACUGCCUUCCACCCUUGCCUAACUGCCGUGCCUUAGAAGGUUCGGGAUCUGGAUCUGGAUUUCUUUUACAAAUUAGUAGUCCCGGUUCUUCAUUUUCUUAUUUAUAAUGUCGAUUUUGGCUGCUUCUUCGUUUCCCCUCAAUGUGAAGGGGAAAUUUUUCUCUGCCAUGGUAACUAAUGACAUUGGGUUAAUGCAGCCCGUUAUCUGUCUGCCUUAUCGUGUACAAACGUGUAAGACAAAUAAUCCCUAUAUCGCAAGCCAAGUUGUUAGUAUUUCGCCGCUACUGCUAUAAGUGGCUCGGGCUCCUUAAUAAACGGAGCACCCACUCUUGUGUUAAUUAAAUAGCCACGCUUCUUUGUUGUUCU